GAGAAAUGAGGGGUUUGUUUAUGAUGGAUAAAACGACUCGGGAGGUGACGAGGUGGUGAAGUAGCGGAGAGAGCAAUUAUACUGCAUCAAUGGAUUCAUCGCAGACACAGAACACAUCGUUGCAGCGACUUCAAAAUGUGGAAAAGACAAUAGUUAGGGUUUUGGAGCUGGCCGGAGGAGUGAUGGAUGAACUGGCAAGUCCUACCGGUCCUCGAAAGGAAUUCAUCAACAACCACUGCCGAGAGUUCAUGCAAAUGAUCAAGGAUAUCCAGUUUACUCUCCGCAAUGAAAUCAAAAGUGCAUGCGAGUACCGUCCGUUUGAGAAGUGCGACUACAAUUCUAGAAUUUCGAAUGAAAUCUGUUUUACGAAAUUGGAAUUUGUUAUAUCACAAUUGGAUGCCAUGAAACAAGCGAUCGAUCAGUAUCAUGAUACGGUUUGAACAAGUCAUGUACUAUUAUAGCCUUGGAAGACAUAGGGAGCUCGAAAUGUGGACUUGGGAUUUGUGGCUUUGAAUUUCUGUAUUCUUUUGUAAGCUUAUGGAGCUGAUUAUCUUGACCUUUCUUUCCCCAAUUCUGAAAUUUUAUGAAAGUAACCUCUUUGUCAAUUCUUUCUAACAAGAUAUCCUUAUUCUAGUUCUCAUCAUGGAGAUAUAUUUUCCAGUUUUAACUGUCAUUUUCAGCCCCUCGGAUAGAUGAAACUUUCUCUGACCUUUUGGUUGCUGCAUUGCAAACUGAAUUUCAAUGUUUACUUGUUUCAUUUUCUUGCUCUUCUCUUGUUCGUGAUUUGUGUGGUUUGAUAAUAGCAAUUGCAACUGCUAAUUCUCAUCUUCAUGGGUCAUGACUACAAUUUAUUCUCCAUUAUUUUGCUCCAUAUAGUUCGUUAACAGUAUCUCUAGGUCCGGUGCAUUCUGCCUUGACCUUGACUUUAGUUCUCUCAGCCCAUUCUUUGAGAACAGAUAAAGCAAUACAGAAAUACAGGAGAAAUUAUCUGUUUGUGGCGGUGAUGCAAACUAUGAACCAAAUAGCCAAAUUCUCCUCCUUGUUAUGAAGGAAAACAAGAGUAAAUUCAGACCGUUGAUUGUUUGUUUUCAUUAGCAUAGUUCAUUCCAAGGUUCCAAUCACGCUUGCAGCAAAAUGGAGUUCAAAUGUCAAGUCCCAAAUGACCUAUCUCUUUGAGAAGCAGAAUCGGUGUAAGUAUAUUUUGGUGAUGGUGCAGCCUUGAUUUCUGGUGGCAAUAAUUGAGCGACCCAGCAAGCUGAACCGACCAACCUUUUAGUUUUAUCUUUUCUAGUCUCAUUCUCCAGGGGAAGGGUAGACCCUGCGGAGUGACUCAAAUGCCUGGAUUAAACAAGUUUAAACAAGAUGGGGCUCACCUUACCAGUCAAAUCACUCUUUUUUCAUUUAAAUGUUUUUUCGACGAAUUUCUUAAUAUGAGUUCGACUUUCGCAAGAAAA